CGCUCAUUGUGCGAGGUCCAAAGUAAAACCUCUAUUUAAGUGGGGUUUAUACUUUAAAAGGGUUACUUUUUUUUUAUUUAUGUGGAAAUAUUAUUAAUCGCGAUGCCGCGUGAGCCGAGACUGUGCACAGAUUUAAGAACAAAAAUAAAAUGUAACGUUCAUUCAGCGCACCAUAUUAGAUCCCACGUGGAUCUUUUCCUCGUGUUUAUCAAUCUACUUUUAAUACUUACACCAAGUGGGAAAGCUUCGUACGAGAUGCAGGGUCCAAAUUUCAUAGUAGAGCCACAGUCGAGGGUUGAAUUUACAAAUGUAAGUGGAGGCCGUGUCGAUUGCACUGUCAGGGGAAACCCUGAGCCAACGGUAGAAUGGCUGGCAGCAGACGGUGGUAAUGUCGCCAGCAUACCUGGGAUUAGAAUGGUAUUUAGUAAUGGAACCAUUUACUUCCCUGCCUUUGAAGCGGAAGCCUUUCGUCAGGAUGUUCAUUGGGCUAUUUAUAAAUGCACGGCAAUUAACAGCGUUGGGGCUGUUGUCAGCAGAGACGUCACUGUUAGAGCUGUGGUAAACCAGCGUUACGAUCCAGAAGUUCAGAGUCUCGGUGGUUUCCUGGGCAACAAUGUACUUAUGCGAUGCAACGUACCCAGUUUCGUUCGUGAUCAUGUCACUGUAACAUCUUGGUUACAAGAACCCUCUUUUAAUAUUUAUCCAUCUUCUGCCAGUGAUGGAAAAUAUCACAUGCUUCCCAACGGCGAUUUAAUGAUUAUAAAUAUAACUCGAGCUGAUGCUCAAAUGACAUACAGAUGUAGAACUCAUCAUAAACUGACGGAAGAUACAUUAGUUAGUCCUAAUGUCGGACGAAUACAGUUAGCAGAAAUUAGAGGUUUUACGCCGCCGAUAUUAAACGAAAAAUUACAUACAAUGUCAGCCCGCCUGGAGGAGACUGUGGUUAUACCCUGUGUUGCGUACGCAAAUCCUCCGCCGACUAACAGAUGGUACUUUAAACGUGAUCAACGUGAGGAACCUAUUGAUGAGAUUUCGGGUCACUACAAAAUUCGGGACGGUUGUUUGACAAUACAAACAGUCCAAGAGAGUGACGCCGGCACGUAUGUUUGCACAGCAAGCAACGUUGAAGGGAGCGCUAGUUUUGAAAUUCGUUUGAGUGUUUCUGCGUCUUUGAGUGUACACGUUCAGCCUCCUGUUCAGACUGUUGAUCUCGGGAAACCAGCAUCUCUCACGUGUAGCGCGAGUGGUUUCCCUCAGGCAGCGCUUUAUUGGUUGAAAGACGGACAGCCGUUGCGGACAGGCGAUCAUAUAAGUCUAAUCUCUCGGGAUCGCAUUUCCGUGAGUGCUGUUGCUCGUGAGGAUCGUGGUAUGUAUCAGUGUUUUGUUCGGAACGAGCAUGAGAUGGCACAGGGAAUCGCUGAAUUACGCCUGGGAGAAAUAUCUCCGCAACUGGUGUACCGAUUCAUCGAGCAAACAAUGCAGCCGGGACCAUCAGUGUCACUUAAAUGCAGCGCUGCUGGUAAUCCAACGCCUCAAAUUUCAUGGCUGCUUGAUGGGUUUCCGCUACCCCAAAAUGACCGUAUACUUAUUGGCCAGUACGUCACCGUGUACGGGGAUGUUAUUUCCCAUGUAAACAUAUCCUCUGUUAAAUCCGAGGACAGCGGUGAAUAUCAAUGCACAGCUGCUAGCCGGGCCGGCGAAUCAUCUCACUCUGCCAGGCUCAAUGUUUAUGGAUUGCCGUAUGUACGUCCAAUGCCAGCAGUGUCGGCAAUCGCGGAAAAACAACUUGAAAUAAAAUGUCCAGUUGCUGGGUAUCCCAUUGAAUCCAUUAUUUGGGAAAAAAACGGUACUCGAUUACCAACAAACAUACGCCAGAGAGUUGCAAAUGGAACUUUGACGAUUGAUACCGUUCAGCGUAGUGCAGAUCAAGGCAUAUAUACCUGUGUUGCACGGAAUAAACACAACUAUACCUCUCAUCGUACUGUUGACGUUAGAGUACUCGUGCCACCUAAAAUCACGCCUUUCAGUUUUGCUCGCGAUUUAAACGUAGGCGAUCGUACUAGCAUACAGUGCGUAGUUGUAACAGGUGAUUUGCCUCUUACAUUCACGUGGCUAAAAGAUAACAUGCCGAUAGAGACACGUGAUCAAGAUUCCUCUGGAAGUUCCAACGGAGUGUCGUCAAUCAACGGCCAGAGUAAAAGUAACUCUGGUAAAAAUGAUCGACGUGGAAACAAUAACGAGAGUGGAAUUAAGAAUAUGUUAUCGAAAGGACGGUCUUCUUCUUCCUCCUCCUCUUCUUCUUCAACGAUUGAUCAAUCGUUAGAAGAGUCAAUAACGAUCCGCCAUUAUGACGCUUUUAAUAGUGCUCUGAGCGUUAGCACGAUAACUCCUGCACACAAUGGCACGUACACCUGUCGCGUGACCAAUGGCGCUGCAACCGUCGCUCACUCUACUCUUCUCCUUGUCAACGUUCCGCCCCGGAUCUCGCCGUUUUUUCUCGAAAGCGGGGUUAUGGACGGAACGAGGACGCAGCUGAUGUGCUCGACGAGUGAAGGAGAUCAGCCAUUCAAUAUCACUUGGUUGGUCAACAACGAGCCAAUUCAAUUGAGAGAGCAUCCCGCUGGGGAGCAUGCAUCAUCCUCCUCAUCGUCAUCAUCAUCAAUAUCAUCGUCAUCAUCAUUAUCAUCAUCGUCUUCUUCUUCUUCGUCGUCAUUGUUUUCGUCGGUGGGAAAUAUUCAGAUAAGCAACUAUUCACCGUUUUCCAGUAUCCUCACUAUUAAUAGCGUUAAUGAGAAGAAUUCCGGAAACUACACAUGUCAAAUCAGCAAUGUUGCCGGUGUCGUCGAGCACACCGCUGUUCUCGCCGUUUUCGUCCCUCCUCGUUGGGUUGUGGAACCUAUCGACCAGGAUGCUAUUGUAGGUCACUCUGUCUCCGUGGCUUGCCAAGCUGAAGGAUUUCCGAUUCCUAAUGUUACCUGGAAACAAUCUAUCGGUGAAACGCCAGGAGACUACCGUGAGCUCGGAUACGGAGGAACUACGGAAGGAAUUGAAGUUUCAAAGAAUGGCUCGUUGGUUAUUCCAAGAGUAUCCAGAGAACACAGCGGGUUUUACUUGUGCCAAGGAAGCAAUGGCAUAGGUCCUGGUCUCAGUAAACUCAUUCGUCUAACAGUUCACGCGGGGCCGCAUGUUGAAGUUAAAACACGUCAAGAGUCUGUCAGAAGAGGUGAAACGGGAACUUUGAGAUGCGAGGCCGAAGGUGAUUCACCUCUUGAUAUCAGUUGGCGUAAUCGUGCUGGUAGAAUUGAGCCAAUUUAUGAUUUAAGAUAUAUAUUGGAGAAUAAUUCAACACCCCGUGGAAUGACGUCUGAAUUACGAAUAACUAAAGCAGGCCACGAGGACCGGGGAGAGUACGUGUGCGUUGCCAGCAAUGCGUAUGGCAUGGACAAAGCAUCGAUCAAUCUUCUGGUCCAAGAGCCCCCUAAUUUUCCCCGGAAUUUACACGUAGCCGAGCUUAAAAGUCGCUCGAUACUUUUGUCUUGGUCAUCGCCUUCCAGCGACUCGGACUCUCUUAACCCCGACUCUCCAAUAACUAAUUAUAUUAUUCAGUACAAAGAGGCCGAUGAUGUGUGGCAUGACCACAACACCCAGCCGGUAGCAGGAGACAACACGAUCGCUUUGGUAUCACAACUAAAACCGGCAACCACCUAUCAUUUUCGUGUCUUUGCGGAAAAUCAUCUCGGGACAUCAGCCCCAAGCGACAUUCUUCAUGUUCAAACUGACGGCGAGAUACCGGGAGGGCCUCCGAGGCAGGUCACCGCAGAGCCUCUGGGUCCUCAGCAGCUAAAAAUCACCUGGCAGCCUCCGGAUCAGGCUCUGUGGAACGGAGAGCUUCUUGGAUACACCAUCGCUUCCACUAUACUCAGAGAUGACGAGCAGGCAACAAAUAUAACUCGAGUGGGCAUUACGGGAAAUGGGGACGGAACUUACGAGUACCGAUUAACUGGAUUGAGAAAAUUUACCGAGUACAGCAUUGUGGUGAAGGCUUUUAACAGCAAAGGAGAUGGUCCUGGUUCUGAUCCAGUGAUAACCCAAACCCUCGAAGCAGUACCAAGCGCUCCGCCGCAGCACAUUGCCUGCACAGCGCUGACUGGUCAAAAUAUUCAAGUUACGUGGAAAGCACCGCCGGCGGAUAAAAUCCACGGAGUAAUAAAGGGGUACAAACUUUUGUACGAACCGGCUAAUGAAGAAAGUAGUGAAAUUGUGGGAUCUCGUGAUACAAAGAUUACUCAAGCGCUUAGCACAGUUCUUCACGAUUUACGGCCCUACACAAACUACACCGUCCAGAUUUUGGCUUACACCCGGGCCGGGGAAGGUGUUACCAGUACGCCCAUUUCGUGUAUGACUGAAGAAACUGUUCCUGAUGUACCGGAACGCGUCAAGGCAGUUCCAGCCGCGGAUAAUGUUGUUAUUAUUUCGUGGUUACCACCAAAACGACCGAACGGUGUUGUCACUAAGUACACCGUGUAUAUACGAGCGCUGGAUCAGGGCCAAGAAGUAAAGAUCAUUAAAGACUUUUUGCCGGCUCAAAGUUUACACUAUGAAGCCACGGGGUUGAAACUACGAGAAUCUUAUGAAGCAUGGGUCACUGCUUCCACUAAAGUCGGAGAGGGACCAAGUACUCCGGUCAUCAAACUUCAGCCAAGUUCUACCGCGGCUAUUGUAUCUUUUGGAGCUCCUAUAAUAACGUCUUGGCGUGUUGACGUAAGAUUUCAUUGUUUAUACGUCGGAGUACCUGAACCGACAGUUGAUUGGCGAUUGGGGGAUGUUAAAUUACAAAAGAGCCAAAGAUUGGAUAUUGGAGCAGAUCAUACGCUAACUUUAAAAAAUGUACAGAGAAGUCAGGAGGGAAAUUAUUCGUGUCAUGUCAAAAAUUCAUUGGGCUUUGAUGAAAUUAUUUACAGCCUACAAGUUCAAGUUCCACCAACACCUCCAACACUUCUUGCAACUGGCACAACAACCGAGGCGGUGCAGUUACAGUGGAAGCAGGGAGACAACGGGGGUGCUCCUAUAAAGGGAUUUGUGUUGGCUUAUCGCAAGGAAUUCGCCGAAUGGGAAGAAGUUAUGCUUGACAGGCGUGCCAGUACUCAUUUACUUGGAGGUCUGCAGUGCGGUACAAAGUAUCAAUUUACUCUGGCUGCUUUUAAUCGCAUAGGGAGUGGAAGUGCCAGCAAAAUGGAAACUGCUAGGACCAAAGGCUCUAAACCAGUUCCUCCCCAUAAAAAGCAUCUCAUACGUACCAAUAUGACCUCUGUUGUUCUUGAACUGACUUCCUGGCAAGACGGCGGCUGCCCAUUGCUCUACUUUGUUGUUGAAUACAAACGAUUGCCCGGUGAUUGGCUAUUAGUAUCGAAUAAUGUGUCACCACAAUCGAGAUUUCCGAUAGUAAAUUUGGAGAGUGGAACGAGCUAUGAAUUACGAGUGACAGGAUACAAUAAUGCCGGAUCAACUCAAGCGGAAUACCUAUUUAGUACAACUACUCCUGGCGACUCAACGAGGAUCCAUGACGGGCGGCCGCCUGAAAUAAAGGUCACGCCGGUUUAUUUCGAUGCACAAGUACUUGCGCCCAGUGUUAUAUCCGUUGUUGCUGUUAUUAUAGUCGUCGGCGGUGUUUGCUUUUGUCUGAAAACACAUUCUCUGAGAGGAAGAAGAGGUAAUGAUCCAACUUCUCAAACCCAGGCGGCGUUGGAUAACAAACACAAUAUGGAACAGAGGGAACAGUAUUAUGCAACAGUACGUAAGCCUAGUCAACAAUCCCCUUGUCGGGAGGUAAAUGCAUUGGAACGUAUACCCGAGUACUCUGAAGACAUUUAUCCGUAUGCAACAUUUCAUUUGCCCGAGCAAGAAAAUUUAUCCGCGAAUCCAAUAAGGCAGGCGUAUUUCUACGAGAGAAGUGAAACAAUGUUACAAGGAGCUCAGAUUGAUGUUGAUCAAUAUACCAAAGUAAGAAGCCGGUCAAGGCGUAAAUCAAAGUCAUUCAAGUCCGAAUCCGAGGAAUACGAUACUCUUGGAUCGGACAGCGACACCGAAGUAGGGACGAGUAGUCGUACAGAGUCCUCCAACCACCUCGACGAUUCUGCUCCGACGUCUAUUUUAACUCGCUCCCCGGGACCUAAUUCCGGGCCACAGCGAGGCCGCGAGCAACGAUUAGCCAUAUUCCCAAGGCCGGUUCAUCAUAAUGUACUGUACCACACGCACGAAUCAAGUACAUCAACCGAGCCGUCACCAAUUUCUGAAAGAAAAACCUUUCCUAGAUUAGAAAAGCAACGACAUGGAAUAAUAGCAGACAACGUCAGUGGAUCUCGAGUUCAAAAUAUAAUUCGAGCAAUGGGAAAGGAUCCAGAGACGAGCACGGGAGUUAGAUCUUACUCGGCAGCACCCUCGCCGAGUCACACUGCCAAAGGAUCAAGACUUAAUACAGCCUCGAUAGAUCGACACAAACAAAUACCGCGUCGAUCAGUUGAGUCUUUGUGUUUGUUCAAUGAUCCUCAACAACCGACAUCAGUGAUACAGCCGACACACACACAAACGUCAUCCUCAUCUUCAAACUCAAACUCGAAUUCAAACUCAAAUUCAAAUUCAAAUUCAACCUCAACCUCAACCUCAACCUCUAUUUCAAUGUCAACACCACGCAAUUAUCAACGAAACGCGAGAUUACGCUCUCGAGAGCAGCAACCGCGCGAAGACUGGGGUAAUGAAUUAUCCACACUAGAGCUCAAACCACCCUCAGGGUUCACCGAUGCUCACGAAACAAGCGAGGCGGAAUGUGAUAUUGAUAUGAAGCUCAAACUUCACAGAAAACGUUCCGGGCCUCUCUCUAAUUCGCUGUCCAAAUCACCCAAAGACUUUACAAUCACUGUUUAAACAUCAACUAUUUCAUUUUUAAAUUGUAUUGAUCUAAAUGUCAAGACUUACAUUACAAUAUUGAGAGUAAAAUCCAAAAAAAAGUUAAUAAAUUAAAUAAAGUAAUUAACUAAUUAAUAAUUAAAUGUAUUAUUGAAAUAUCUCAUUGACUAAUUAUUGAUAUUAUUGAAUGCUAU